CAUGGCCGAAUUCCCUGCCCAGUCUGUGACUCUUCUUUAUUGGUCUUGUCUUUGUCCAAUAAGGAUUGAAGCUAACUCAAAAGGUAUAUAUAGGAUCGAUUUGCUCAUUGAAAAAGGAGCAGAUGAGAAAGAAAAAGAAGUUGAUAAACAAAUAGAGGCUCUUGAAUGUUCACCUGACAUAAAGAUCAAUCUGAAAUCAUGUGUCAAUUGGUUAGCUAAGUAUUUUGAAGGAGACUUUAGCUUUUUAAACAAAAAGGAAACAUUUCCUGUACUAGACAGAUCACACGAAGGCCAAUUUGCUAGUAAAGUUUGGAAAUGUCUUGAAAGAAUACUUCCUGGUCAAACUAUCUCUUAUGGUGAAGUAGCAACUCUUACUGGUAGUGAAGGAGCUGCUAGAGCAGUUGGGCAAGUCAUGAAAAAUAACAAACUUUCGCUGAUUCUUCCAUGCCACCGUGUCAUUCGUUCUGAUGGAUCACUCGGGCAUUACAGCAGUGGAGGGACAACUAUCAAACAAUGGUUGCUUCAGCAUGAGAGCAAUCAUUAAUAAAUCAUGUAAUCAUUCCAUAAUAUUUAAUAAAAAUUAUACAAAUAGAUCUAUACCAUU